GUCCAUGUCUGCCCAAAUUUCAAUUCGUUUCAACAUCGUUUCUCCAAAUAUAGCAAGAAUUCCCGCCGCUUACAAAGUCAAUUCUUCCAGCUACAUUUGAUUUGAUUGCGCCUUCCCGUGAUUAUUGAUCAUCAAUCAUAGCAAUCACUGUACACUUUCGAGUUUACUUCACCGGAAAACGAUCCGAUCGCCACCGGGAAAGAUGAAAACCAGAGGCAAAAUAGGCGGCGGAGGUGGAUUAAUCGGUGGGUGGUCUAGUCUCGGUAGUCUCGGUUUACCUGCCGUAUUUCUCUUAUGCAUCUUCUUCUUCUUCUUGGGAUUCUUCGGUUCUUCUCUAUUCUCUCAACAGGUUGAAACUGAAUCUAGUUUACACCCAAAACCUAGGAUCCUUAGUGAGAAAGGAUACGAUCCGUUGCCUCAAGGCGAUUCGGGUGAUGAUUUCUUCACCACUAUUCCUUUUCAGAUUUUAAGCUGGAAACCUCGAGCACUAUACUUUCCUGAUUUCGCAACCCCACAACAAUGUGAAAGCAUAAUCAAAAUGGCUAAAGUAAAACUCGCUCCUUCAACAUUGGCUUUACGCAAAGGAGAAACAGCUGAAAACACAAAAGGAAUUAGAACAAGUUCUGGCAUGUUCAUAAGUUCAUCUGAAGAUAAAACAGGGAUCUUGGAUCUCAUUGAGAAGAAACUCGAAAAGGCUACAAUGAUUCCAAGAAGUCAUGGGGAGUCAUUCAAUGUUCUAAGGUAUGAAAUCGGACAGAGGUAUAAUUCACAUUAUGAUGCUUUCAACCCCACUGAGUAUGGCCCACAGAAAAGCCAACGGAUUGCUUCUUUCUUGCUGUAUUUAUCUGAUGUGGAAGAAGGUGGAGAAACAAUGUUUCCAUUUGAAAAUGGUGAAAACGCGGAUACAAAUUAUGAUUUCAGAAAAUGUAUUGGGUUAAAAGUAAAACCACGAAAGGGUGAUGGGCUUUUAUUUUAUUCUUUAUACCCAAAUGGUACUAUCGAUCCUACAUCGUUACAUGGGAGUUGUGCUGUGAUUAAAGGCCAAAAAUGGGUGGCUACAAAAUGGCUUCGAAAUGAAGAAGAAUAUGAUUAGUUUAAUUUGAACACCUUUUUAAUAUGAGCUUUUACCACUUCUCUGUUAAUCUCUCAACAUAUAUAUAAAUGUACAUUUUUAAUGUAUUACUUUUAAGUUAUCUGAAAGCUUGAUUGGUAUCUUGAAUUAGUGGAGGAUAUAAUUUUGAGAUUAUAGAGUUAUCGUCUG